AUGGAGAUAAGUUAUGAUCUUGAGAAAGCUGGUCACAGUUUCAAAAACUCUUCCUUUUGGACUGACAAUGGCGCAGGAGUUUUCUCAUCAUCUUCACGUGGAGAGGAUGAUGAGGAAGCUCUCAAGUGGGCUGCUCUUCAGAGACUUCCAACUUUCCAGCGCUUGAAGAAAGGUUUGAUCUCUACAUCCGAAGGCCGUGCCGACGAAGUUGAUGUGAGCCGUCUUCAAGUACAAGAAAGGAAGAAUUUGAUUGAGAGGUUGGUUGGAGUAGCUGAAGAGGAUCAUGAGAACUUCUUGUUGAGGCUCAAGAACCGCAUUGAUAGAGUUGGAAUUAGUCUUCCUACAAUUGAAGUUAGAUUUGAGCAUUUAAAAAUUGCAGCUGAAGCUUAUGUAGGAGGCAGAGCUCUGCCUACAGUCUUUAACUACUGUGUUAAUUUAGUGGAGGGUUUGUUGAACUCCUUCCGUAUUCUUCCUAGCAAGAAGCAACACUUGACUAUCCUUAAAGAUGUCAGUGGGAUCAUCAAGCCUUGCAGAAUGACACUGCUUUUGGGCCCUCCGAGUUCCGGAAAGACCACACUGUUGUUGGCUUUGGCGGGAGAGCUUGACCGGGAUCUUAAGUUUUCUGGACGUGUGACCUACAAUGGUCAUGACAUGCAUGAGUUUGUGCCUCAGAGGAGUGCUGUCUAUAUCAGUCAACAUGAUGUUCAUAUGGGAGAGAUGACAGUCGGAGAAACGUUGGCUUUUUCUGCAAGAUGCCAAGGGGUUGGAGCUCGUUAUGAUAUCCUAGCAGAGAUAAGUAGAAGAGAGAAAGAAGCGAAUAUUAAACCAGAUGCAGACUUGGAUAUCUACAUGAAGGCAGUGGCAUCAGAAAGCCAGAGGGCACAAGUGGUGACAGAUUAUAUUCUAAAGAUCCUGGGACUGGAUGUCUGUGCAGAUACCUUGGUAGGGGAUCAACUAAUUAGGGGCAUCUCUGGAGGACAAAAGAAGCGAGUCACAACAGGUGAAAUGUUGGUUGGACCUGCUAAGGCAUUAUUCAUGGACGAAAUAUCUACUGGUUUGGAUAGUUCAACUACAUAUCAAAUUGUGAAUUCGAUCAAGCAAUAUGUUCAUAUUCUCAAGGGGACUGCAUUCAUCUCACUGCUGCAGCCAGCACCUGAGACUUAUGAACUAUUUGAUGACAUUGUUCUCCUUUCUGAUGGUCAAAUUGUGUACCAAGGUCCUCGUGAACAAGUUCUUGAAUUUUUUGAAUCCAUGGGCUUUAGAUGUCCUGAGAGGAAAGGUGUGGCCGACUUCCUGCAAGAAGUGACGUCAAGGAAAGAUCAGGAGCAAUAUUGGGCAAGCAAAGAUGAGCCUUACAAGUUCAUCACAGUAGAGGAAUUUGUUGAGGCAUUCAACUCAUUCCCUGUUGGACGCAAACUUGCAGAUGAACUUGCAACUCCAUUUGACAAGACAAAGAGCCAUCCAGCUGCAUUAACAACAAAAAAGUAUGGUGUUCGAGAAACAGAACUAUUGAAAGCUUGCUUUGCAAGGGAAUUCUUGCUUAUGAAGAGGAACUCAUUUGUCUACCUUUUCAAGCUUACCCAACUCUCAAUCUUGGCUCUAAUUACAAUGACACUGUUCCUACGGACUGAGAUGCAUCGUGAUUCAGUAAGUAACGGAGGAAUUUAUGCUGGUGCUUUGUUCUUCUCUAUGGUUUCUGUUAUGUUUAAUGGAAUGGCAGAGCUUUCUAUGACAAUUGCCAAGCUUCCUGUUUUUUAUAAGCAAAGAAAACUACUCUUCUUUCCACCAUGGGCAUAUGCCCUUCCCGCAUGGAUCCUCAAGAUCCCUAUCACUUGUCUUGAAGUAGCUGUUUGGGUAUUUAUUACCUACUAUGUCAUUGGAUAUGAUCCAAAUGUUGAAAGGUUGUUUAAGCAGUACCUUCUACUCUUACUCGUUAAUCAGAUGGCUUCUGCGUUGUUCCGAUUCAUUGCUGGAGUUGGUAGAAGCUUGACUAUCGCGAACACAUUUGGAUCAUUUGCUUUGGUCAUGCUUUUUGCUUUGGGUGGCUUUGUCUUGUCAAGAGAGGAUAUAAAGAAAUGGUGGAUAUGGGGCUAUUGGAUAUCACCUUUGAUGUACGGGCAGAAUGCAAUAGUAGUCAAUGAGUUCCUUGGAAAGAGUUGGAGUCAUGUUCUUCCAAACUCAACCGAACCGUUAGGAGUUGCUGUUCUGAAGUCCCGCGGAUUCUUCACUCAUCCAUCUUGGUAUUGGAUUGGCGUGGGAGCAUUGGCUGGAUACAUGCUUAUAUUCAAUAUUUUUUUCACUUUGGCUCUCACUUAUCUAAAGCCAUUUGACAAGCCACAGGCUGUUAGAUUGGAAGACUCUAGCUCAUCUCCUCAAAUUAGCCAAGAGAACGGAAAUGGAAGUAUAUCUUCCAGGUCCUCAUCUGCAAGGACAGAAACUACUGCUGACACUAACCCUAACAAGAAAAGAGGAAUGGUUCUUCCGUUUGAACCAUAUUCUAUCACCUUUGAUGAAAUCACGUACUCUGUGGACAUGCCACAGGAAAUGAAGAAUCAAGGUGUUCCAGAGGAUAAAUUGGUGCUCCUCAGGCGUGUAAGUGGUGCUUUCAGGCCGGGUGUUCUGACAGCUCUGAUGGGAGUGAGUGGUGCUGGUAAAACCACGCUAAUGGAUGUACUUGCUGGCAGAAAAACUGGUGGUUAUAUUGAGGGAAAAAUCACAAUCUCUGGGCACCCAAAGAAGCAAGAAUCAUUUGCACGGAUUUCUGGAUAUUGUGAGCAGAAUGACAUACAUUCUCCUCAUGUUACUGUCUACGAGUCCUUGAUGUAUUCAGCGUGGUUGCGAUUACCUGCAGGAAUCAAUUCAGAAACUAGGAAGAUGUUCGUUGAGGAAGUGAUGGGACUUGUGGAGCUGAAUCCAUUGAGACAAGCACUAGUCGGGUUGCCUGGUGCGAAUGGUCUCUCAACAGAGCAGCGGAAGAGACUGACCAUUGCAGUUGAACUCGUGGCUAACCCCUCCAUAAUAUUCAUGGAUGAACCAACUUCAGGCUUAGAUGCAAGAGCUGCUGCUAUUGUUAUGAGAACAGUUAGGAACACUGUGGAUACUGGAAGAACAGUUGUCUGCACCAUCCAUCAACCAAGCAUUGACAUAUUUGAUGCUUUUGAUGAGCUAUUCCUGCUGAAGAAAGGAGGACAAGAGCUAUAUGUAGGGCCCCUUGGCCGUCAUUCUUGCCACCUAAUCAAGUACUUUGAGGGAAUUGAGAACGUCAGUAAAAUCAAGGAUGGUUAUAAUCCAGCAACCUGGAUGUUGGAAGUCACCAGUUCAGCAAAAGAAAUAGCUUUGGGGAUUGAUUUUGCUGAUGUGUAUAAAAAAUCAGAAAUUUACAGGAGAAACAAAGCACUUAUUGAAGAACUGAGCACCCCGGCUUCUGGUUCUGAGGACCUCUAUUUCCCUACUAAAUACUCUCAGCCAUUUUUAACCCAAUGCGUAGCUUGCUUAUGGAAACAACAUUGGUCAUAUUGGCGCAAUCCACCAUACACUGCCAUAAGGUUGAUCUAUACAACCUUCAUAGCCUUGAUGUUUGGGACAAUGUUCUGGAACCUUGGCUCCAAAACGACAAAACAACGGGAUCUCUUCAAUGCAAUUGGUUCUAUGUAUGCUGCUGUUCUCUUUCUUGGUAUUAAAAAUUCUACAACAGUGCAGCCAGUCGUAGAUGUGGAAAGAACAGUCUUCUAUAGAGAACGAGCUGCCGGAAUGUAUUCUGCCUUGGCAUAUGCCUUUGCACAGGUUACAAUUGAGAUCCCUUAUGUUUUUGCACAAGCAGUUAUCUAUAGUGUCAUAGUUUAUGCAAUGAUUGGGUUUGAGUGGACUUUGGCUAAAUUCUUGUGGUACCUGUUCUUCAUGUAUUUCACAUUUUUGUACUUCACCUACUAUGGCAUGAUGGGUGUGGCCUUGACGCCGAACCAACACGUUGCUGCUAUAAGUGCCAGUGCAUUUUAUGCAAUAUGGAAUGUCUUCUCAGGGUUCGUCGUUCCCCGAACCAGGAUUCCUAUAUGGUGGAGAUGGUACUAUUGGGCAUGUCCAAUGGCUUGGACCUUGUAUGGACUGGCUGCGUCACAGUUUGGAGAUAUACAGGACAAGCUUGAGACUGGUGAAACGGUGGAAGAAUUUAUGCGGAAUUACUUCGGUUUCAAGCAAGAAUUUAUAGGAGUGGUGGCUGCGGUGGUGGUUGGAUUCACUCUACUCUUUGCACUUAUCUUUGCCUUGUCCAUCAAGAUGUUGAAUUUCCAAAGGCGAUGA